CAAACAACCUAACCCUUCCAUCAUGGCACCUACGGAGAGUACUAUUCUGUCCAAUUACCUCACCAUUGCCGCCAAACUUCCCGCCAUCAUCACCCUCGAGCAGUUCACCGCCUUCUUCCCGAGAUCCCAGCAGUCGAACCCUCAGAUCCGCUCUCUAUAUCGACAUCUGCAACAUCAGAGGAACGCCACCGUUGAUGCCGUCACCGAGAACAUUGCUGCCGAGGAGAAGCACGGCAAGGCUCUGCGUCGCGAGACCGCCCGCUCAAGGAGAGAAGCUGCCGAACACGAAGCCGAUCCCGAGCUCCAGAUUGAAAACGCUCUCUUCGGAGACGAUUCGGGCCACAGUUCCAGGCACACCCUUCAGUCCGUCCUCUCUGUGAUGGAGAGCGCCGUUGCAGACUUGGAGGCCGAGAUUCGUCAACUUGAAGCCGAGGAGGCCGCUCUCAUUCACUCGGUGCAGCGGGCCGUGGGCGGAUUGAGCGACCUGCGCUACGGCCGCCUGUCUAACGCCCACUUGCCCGAAGAAGUCAUCCAAGGUCUCAAGGGCCUACAGGAACAAUGCCACGCCAAGAAAUAA